AUGACAGCCACCCCGACAAGACAUGAAAACUACGACGUGGUGGUGGUAGGGGCUGGCCUCAGUGGCCUUCAAGCAGCACACAUCGUGCAGGCGGCCGGUUUCAAAGUGUGUGUCGUGGAAGCCAUUGACCGAGUGGGCGGAAAGACAUUGACGGCCAAGUCCUGUGAGAAGGGGUUUAAUGAUCUAGGUGCAUCCUGGAUCAAUGACACCAACCAAAGUGAGAUGUUCAAGCUCUACCAACGGUACGGUAUCGACACCGAGGUCCAGCGCGACCGUGGACACACUCUGAUUCAAUCGCCGGAUGGAUCCCUUGCCAAAGUGCCAUACGGAGAAUUUCCAGGGGAUCCUACUGCACUACUGGGCCUCCUUCAGGUGUUUCGAGACGAGUGCUCACUGAUAGACUUGGAUGACCCGACCAGCUCUGCCCGAGCCAGAGAAAUCGAUCAGCUCACAUUCCGUGACUUUUGUAUCGCAAAAAUACAGUCGGAGAGUGCCAUCGCCAUCGCCGAUGUGCUUUCCGUCUCGUUACUUGGGGUAGAGAGCGAUGAAGUCAGUGCGCUUUUCAUGCUUCUGUACUUUAAGAGCGGUGCGGGCAUCGACAAUAUUAUCUCGGACCAGAAGAACGGCGGCCAGUACUUGCGCAACCGACAAGGAAACCAAACCAUCGCGCGGAAGAUGGCAGAAGAACUGGGUCCCGACGUUGUUUUUCUCCGAACCCCCGUUACAUCCAUUGAUCAAUCUAGACGGGGACACUGUGUAGUAGAGACACAAGGAGGGGCCACCUUCGAGUGCCAACGAGUCAUUGUGUCUGUCCCGAGCAGUUUGUAUCAUAAAAUCGAGUUUAACCCUCCCCUGCCGGAGAAAAAGCUGGCUCUGAGUGAGAACACCACCACAGGCUAUUAUACUAAGGUGGUCUAUGUGUUCCACGAGCCUUGGUGGCAGAAAGCUGGGUUCUCGGGCGUCCUCGAUUCGGAAAAGGGACCCAUCAUCUUUUCUCGGGAUACGAGCGUCCCGGUGGAUGACCAGUGGACCAUCACCUGCUUUAUGGCUGGUGACAAAGGAAGGCAGUGGUCGAAACUGCCCCGGGCAUCCCGUCAGCAACAGGCCUGGGAGCAAUUCAGCCAGGCAUUUGGUCAGUACGUUGAUGUUCCUCGGCCCGUGAAUGUCCUGGAGAUGGAUUGGACCAAAGAAGCGUAUUUCCUUGGUGCCCCCUGCCCGAUCACCACUCCAGGCAUCCUGUCCAUCGUGGGCAAAGAGAUUGCUGCCCCCUUUGGGCAUGUGCAUUUUGUAGGAACCGAGACUUCGCGUGUAUGGCGUGGCUAUAUGGAAGGUGCGAUCCAGUCUGGGCAGCGAGGAGGCGCUGAAGUGGUCAAAGCCCUUUCGACCGAUCCUACUUCUCGUCUGUGA